ACGGAAGUCGACCUACAUAUCCCCAAACAGAUUUGUCAUCAGUAAUUUUUUUUAACAAUAAAAGUAAGAAUUUUUGGAAGAUAGCCCAAAAUUCCUAUGUUACUUUGGUGUAAUUCAUUGCAAUCUAAAAAUAUCUCAAACCUCCUUUCACUAUAAUCGAGAUUUUACAUAAUUUAUUGGAGUGUUUUCGUUAGAAAAAUUUUCCGGUUGCCACCAAAGAAAAAGUUGCACCUUUUUCAACAACAACAUACAUAAGUAACCAACAAGAGAAAAAAACCAAAACGGCCAAGAAAGGAGAUAACGUACAAAUAAGAUAUAAAUAUAGGAUAGAAUUACCAUCACCAGCCAGAAAUGGAACCCACACAAAUUACUGACGCCGAAAAAGUUCGCAUUGUAUCGGAUUUCAUUCUUCACGCACCACCGGGUGAAUUUAAUGAAGUUUUCAAUGACGUUCGUGAGUUGUUGAAGAAUGAUGCACUCUUGAAAGAAGGUGCUAGCCACGCCUUUGCCCAGUACAACAAAGAUCAGUUGACACCUGUACGCAUCGAGGGCAGUGAGCAUAAUGCAGUAAUUUCGGAACACAAUGAUUUAGGUAGUGGCCGUUUCUAUGAUCCUCGCACUAAACAGUCAUUUAAGUAUGACCAUUUAAGAAAGGAGGCUAGCGACUAUCAGGAAUUGGAAGCCGACUCUCCAGCAGAGCCAUGGAGAGCUGCAUUAGACAUUGAAACUUUGGCCUACACUGCAAGCCAUUAUAGACAUGGUGUGUGUUCAGUAUUCGGCAAAACCCAUGCCGGUCAAAUAACAUUGACAAUUUGCAUUGAGGACCAUCAGUUUCAACCGAAGAAUUAUUGGAAUGGAAGAUGGCGUUCACAGUGGAGUGUUACAUUUCAACCGGGCACAAGCAAUGCCGAAUUGCGUGGUGUUUUAAAAGUGCAAGUCCAUUACUACGAAGAUGGUAAUGUACAAUUGGUAUCAUCGAAAGAAUGCCGCGAAUCGGUGGCAGUUACCAAUGAACAGCAAAUGGCCAAGGAGAUAAUACGACUCAUUGAAGAUGCCGAAAACGAGUAUCAAUUGGCAAUUUCAGAGAACUAUCAAACAAUGUCGGAUACAACCUUCAAGGCUAUGCGGCGUCAAUUACCCAUAACCAGAACUAAAAUUGAUUGGACCAAAAUAGUUUCGUAUAGCAUUGGCAAAGAACUGAAAACGCAAUAAGGACAGCAAAUGGCGGAAGCUGAACUGCAGCCGCACCAAACAUUUUCACAAUCAACUACAACAAGAACAUCUACAGCAUUGUCAUCAUCACUACCAACAACAAUAGUUCUACUAAAGAGGCCAACCAGUCUUCCUCUGGGAAAAUGAAAUGGAAUUGCAAUGUGAGUUGGAAUAAUAGCAUCCAUGUAUAGCCAUUGCAAUUGCAACAAAUCAGUAAACACAUAAAAACAGAACAACAACGAUAUUGUCAUUGUUUCAAUGGUUCCUCUUGUUAUAGCAAAAGAAAAAAAAUAUAUAGGAACUCUAUAUAUAUUAAUUUAUAUAUAUAUGAUGUUAUUGUUUCCAAAAUCAAGUUCAAUCAAUUAUGCAUAGCUGAAACACCACCCCAACCUAUCCCCUUAUUGUGAAGCCUAAAGUCAGCCGCCUGUUGAUCGGAGAAAAACUAAAUUAUUUGGUAUCAUUAUUUUUCUUUAGAUUUUUAAGUUCGCAAGUAAUGCCUAAAGAAGAAAACAAAAUAAACAGCAGUAUAAAGCAUUUUUUAUUAAUUGCUAAUUUUUUUUUUUAUUUUUGAAACUUAAUAGUAUACAAUUUUAUAAAAUAUAUUCUGAUUAGUGAUGUUAAGAUAAUAACAACAAAAAAAAAACUUAAAAAGCAAAAACCAGCAACACUAUCAGCGAACAUCAACAAUAUACAAAUGCAUAUAAAUUUUUAUAUUUUGUUUUAAACAUUUCAUACCUAUACAUACAUAAUUAUUAUCAUUACAUUUUUAUUUUUAUUGUAUUAUUUCGAACAACUAAAAAGCUACAAAAAAAGAGAAAACAAAACUGUUUUAUACGAGUUUUUUUU